UCAGACUUAGAGCGAAGCAGCCAGCUGAGUCUCAUUUUCAGUUUGUUUCCUUUUUUGUACAACAUUCCUCUCACGUUAUUUUUCAAAUUGAACUUUGAUGAAUGGACGAUAACAGAGAAAUAUGUAUAAGUAUAUUAUUAUUAUCGUCUUGCUUGUUGUCGCCAAUUUAUGGUGCUGCGUGGGAGAUGAUUAUUACGAGAUUCUUGGCGUAAGCAGGACGGCCGAUUUAAAGGAAAUCAGGAGAGCCUUCAAGAAGCUAGCUGUGAUAGAACAUCCUGAUAAAAACAAUGAUAACUCUGAGUCCCAUGAGAAAUUCAUUGUACUGACCAAAGCAUAUGAAACAUUAAAGGAUCCAGUUUCAAGAAAAAGAUAUGAUACCUAUGGAGAAGAAGGAUUAGAUGAUUCCAAUAAAAGGCAGUCCUAUCAAUCUUGGGGCUAUGCUCACAACAUUGAUCUUUAUAACGACAGUCCAUGGGUCGUCACUCUUGAUGAGGCUGAUUACUAUGAAAAUGUUCUUUUAUCAAAAAGAGUAUGGCUAGUCAAUUUUUAUUCUCCGAUGUGUAGCCACUGUCACACGCUUGCUCCAACUUGGGAACAAAUAGCUGAAGAGCUUGACGGAGCUGUGAAUAUAGCAGCUGUGAAUUGCGAAAAUGAAUGGCAACUUUGCCAUCAGGUUGGAAUACGAGCCUAUCCUACGAUAAUGCAUUAUGCAAAGAAUUCAAGACAGGGAGAGCGGUAUAGCGGAGAGAAAAAAUAUACAGCUCUUAUGAAAUUUAUAUUAAAUCAAUUAAGAAUAGUUAUUCCAGAAAUCGACGAGCCUUUAGUAAAUCUUAUUUAUCACGAGAGCAAGAGAAAGAAGCCUAUGUUAAUAUUCGUCUGCGGCGGAGACCGUCAUUGUUUCACAUCGCUCGAGCGUUCAAAGAUAGCAGCGAUCUUUGAAAAUACAAUUGACGUACGGAUAUGUUACUGUGACCGAAAGGAGAAGUGUAAAACUAUUUCACAGGACACUAAUAUUAUUUAUUUGUCAACCGAGGGAAGCAAUUCCUUCAAGAAUAUAGAGGAAUCUGAGGAAUUGGUAAACGAGAUAAUGCAGCAUUUACCAGAACCCGACGACCUCAAUACUGACGAACUUUUGAAUAUUAGGAAGAAUUCUGAGAAAGAUAAACUAGCUGAUUCUAGUUGGCUUUUGUGUUUUUAUAUCGGAUACAUAGACGAAUUAGAUACGAUAUUGAAAAAACUGCCGCAUGUUCUUAGCGAAGUUAAACUCGGUAAAAUAAAUUGUGGAAAAGAAUCGCGGAUCUGUAACAGCUUUGGCGUAAAUCGUUAUCCAAUGUGGGCAAUUCUAAAACCAGGAGGUGCCUUCGAAUGGCAUCACGGGCAAAAUGUACUGAACGAUAUCGUCAAGUUCUUUCACAAUAGUCAUAAAGCGACGAAUGUAUGGGCGUUAAACGCGGAUGAGAUAAAGUCGAUAAUGAGCGGGAUUAAAGAUAACGGAGCAUGGUUUCUCGAUUGGUACGCGCCAUGGUGUCCACCUUGUCUGGACUUUUUGAAACAACUUCGCAAAGCGUCGAUGGAAUUCGAUAAAUCUGUGAUACGUUUUGGAAUUAUCGAUUGCAUUGUACACCCUACAAUUUGCCAGCAGCAUAACAUUCGCUCGUAUCCGACCGCAAUGCUCGUGAACGGUACCGCUGUACACAGGUUUUCGAUGGAAAAAACCGCAGAAAAUGUUGUUCAGUUCAUUAAAGAGAUACAAAAACCAACAGUGCUAGAGUUGAACUCUCAUAAUUUCAAGAGUCACUUGGAGCAAAGGCUAGGUAAAUUCAUUUGGGUGAUCGACUAUUUCGCACCAUGGUGCGCGCCUUGCCAACGGCUGAAACCACAGUGGAUUGCCGUCGCGAAUGCUUUAUCGAUACUUUCUAAUAUAAAAAUAGCUAGUGUGAAUUGCGAAAUGGAAUCCGCUCUGUGUGGAGCUCAAGGAAUACGUAGUUACCCUACUAUAAGACUGUAUCUUAGCGAUACGAACGCAGCGAACGUGUUCGCUUCGCACAGUGGGCAACGAGAUUCGACUUCGAUAUUAACAUGGAUCACGCGCUUCCUCCCUCGCAAUGUUCGAGACUUAAAUCCAUCGAUAUUGAAAACUGAAGUAUUAAGUGAUAGGAGUAUAUGGAUCGUCGAUUUCUAUGCUCCGUGGUGUGGGCAUUGUCGACUACUCGAACCUCAGUUUGCUAUAGUCGCUGAACUACUGAGACCGAAGGCAAAAUUUGGUUCCUUCAACUGUGAAAUGUACGUACGCGAAUGUGCCGAGGCCGGAGUCAGGGCAUAUCCAACUGUGAUAGCGUAUGACACUCGAUACGGUGGAAAAAAGAUUACGAAUGGUUAUCGAAUUAAUGGGACGACGGCGGAAAGCAUGAAAGACAGCAUUUUAAACUUCCUAGCGCGCGUUAGGCAUGACGAAUUAUAGCAGUCGCAAUCUGAUACUUUUCUUUAUUUUUUAUAAUUUACUAGAUAUCGAUAUUCGGUUACAGCAUAAUAUAAGCAUUUGUACAAAAAUUGGUAUCUCGCCAUCGAUCGGCAAACAGGUGUACAGGAUGGAAUGAGUACACUUGAAGAUCUGUAUUUACGUGAUCGUAAAGUCAUUUUUAAAAGUUCGUUAUAUAUUUGCAUUAUACAAAG